UAGGGGCCAUGGUCGCGGAGUGCUUUGUCCGCGCGUGCGGGCUGGCCUUCAUCAACACCGUCUGCAUCGGCGGCACAACCAUCAUCCUCUACGCGCUCGUCGUUGUGUCGCGAAAGCCCCACUACAGCAAGGGCUCCAUCGUCGUGCUCACGCUCUUCCUCCUCGUCUGGGUCUGCGCCGGCGCCACCGUGUACACGUCCUUCUGCGGCGUCUUCUUCCCGUGGACAGUGCUGCGUCGGUGCUUGGCCUCCACCAACCGGGCGCUCCUGCGGCACCUCCGUUCCGCGGGCCAGCUUCUUUGCCCGCCGUGCCGGUGUGCGCGCGCCAGGCUACGGCGCCGAAGCGGUAGCGAUGGCGGCACCAGCGCUCUGCCGCAGUUUCUGGACCAGAUACAGGGCCACAUGCCCGCGCUGGCCAGGGAAGCGCCGGUGCAUGGAGGCGGGCAGGCGGUGACGGCAUAUGACAUCCUGGCGUACGAGCAGCCGGAGUGCAGCGGCGGCACGCCGGAGUGCUCAGUCUGCCUCGAAGAGGUGGAGAAGGGUGACACGGUGAAGCGGCUGCUGGCGUGCCUGCACAUGUUCCACCAGCAGUGCAUCGACCCGUGGCUGCAGGAGCACUCGACGUGCCCGGUCUGCCGGUGCAUCGUCUUCGCGCCGUUGCCAGCCCAAAUGGUAUGAGCGACACCGGUGAUGAGGGACACCCGAGCGCACAACUCAAAGUCUCAAACCCUUGUUCCAGGUCUCUCGAGACGGACGCUGCAUCGUGGCCUUUCCCGAAGGCAUCAUCUUGGAGUCGUCUUCGGUUGAGGAUUCUGCCGCUUCUUGUCGUGGGGAUGCUGGGACGGUGACCCUGGAUCAGAUUGGCGUGGCCCUUUGUUCGGCUUCGAUCGAUGUUGGUUUGCUCUGUUUUCCGGCGCGUUCAAGGGAUUCUCGUGCCACGUCCUAUGCUUGUGGAGUUGGAGCUGCAAAAGAUGUGCCUUGGUGCGUGAGGAUGAUAUGGGACAGUGUUCGGUUGCAAGGGCCUGGUCGGCGUAGGACCGAGUGAUUUUCUCCUGCAGGGUUCGUUGCCCUAGUAGGAGUUGUCUAGUCUCUCGUAGGACCGAGUGAUUUUCUCCUGCAGGGUUCGUUGGCCUAGUAGGAGUUGUCUAGUCUCUUGCGUGGGUGGUCAACUGUUUGCCAUGAGCCAACAUGGAUUCCGGUUGCGUCAAGGGCUUCAUUAAUAUUCGUUUAUGCUCAAGUCUUGCUGGCUCGUGGAGGAGUGAUAACGAUGACGCUUGGGAACAACCUCGACAAUGUUUUUCUUCUCGGCGAUGUGUGUGUAUUCAUGUGUGUAUAGCUAGGUUGGCCGAGUUGCCCUGUGUGGACCGUUGUAAUGGC